CUUACACCGUCCGUUCGAUUGGAUUGAUGGUGCACAUGCGAAAGGAUCAUCUGAAGGAAGCAGGCAAUACGUGUGACAGGAUUUUUAUUCUUGCCGUUAACUACUUCAACUUAAAGGAUGGCAAUGUUUGGCAGAACAGCAAUUAGAAUGACCAACAUGAUGUGUCUCGUGGGCACGAUUGUAAUCAUUUGCUUUGUUGAGCUGAUCGUAUCGCGGGACGUGUACGAUCACUACGAGCACAGCCUACUACGGCGCAGCCACCGGGGCUUUCAUCAGCAGCAACAGCAGGAGCAGCACCAUCAGUACAACAACAUAAACCAUAACAGCAAGCACCAUAGCAACAGCAAUUAUCAUCAAGCGUACUGCGGACGACAGGUGAAAUUUUACGAAAAAUCACACCACACCAAACAUACCGCCCAUCAUCAGCCGCGCUUGGAAACGAUCGCGAUAAAGCACAAGCGCCACUAUGCCAGCCAACAUCAGCGCAACACCUCGUCCACCAUCGCCGGUACGCAACACUAUCCUUCCUGGAUGGACGGCCCUCCCGGGGCCGAACACGAACAGACGCUGCUAAUGCUGCAAGACGACGAUGAGCGGGGAGCGACCGCCGGGCUGAAGCAACCCAAGCACGGUAUCUCGGUGUGGCCCGUCAAGCGGGAAGCCGUGGUCGAGGGUGAUCUAAUACUUGGCGGGCUGAUGAUGGUACAUUCGCGGGAAGAUUCCGUCACGUGUGGACCGAUCAUGCCGCAGGGUGGCAUACAGGCGCUGGAAACGAUGCUCUACACGCUGGACAAGAUAAACGAGCAGGGCCUGGUGCCGAACGUAACGAUCGGCGCCCACAUCCUGGACGACUGCGACAAGGAUACGUAUGGGUUGGAGAUGGCGGUCGAUUUUAUCAAGGGUUCGAUUAGCAAUAUAGAUGAUAUAAACGAUUACGAUAACUGUAGCAAAGGGCACAAGAAGAAAAUUAUUUCCGGCGUUGUUGGAGCCGCAUCGUCCGUAACAUCAAUACAGGUAGCGAAUUUGCUGCGAUUAUUUAAAAUACCUCAGGUUUCCUUUUUUUCAACAAGCCCAGAGCUGAGCAAUAAGCAACGAUUCGAAUAUUUUUCCCGAACUAUUCCAUCGGAUCAUUAUCAGGUGAAGGCAAUAGUAGACAUCGUCCAGAAGCUGGGCUGGAGCUACAUUUCCAUUAUUUACGAAGAGAGUAACUAUGGUAUUAAGGCAUUUGAAGAGUUAGACGAUUUGCUAUCUAAGCAUAGCAUUUGCAUAGCCGUUAAGGAGAAACUAGUCAAAGAUUCUGGCGUUGCUGAAACGAUAGCGUAUGAUAACAUAGUACUUAAACUGUUAACCAAGCCACGUGCUAAAGGUGUUAUUAUAUUUGGAUCGGACCAAGAGGUAGCCGAAGUGAUGAAGGCAGUCCGUCGGCAAAAUGUUACAGGGGUAUUUUCGUGGAUCGGGUCUGAUGGUUGGAGCGCACGCAAUUUGGUGUCGGAUGGGAACGAGGCCGAGGUGGAAGGAACGCUGUCCGUACAACCGCAGGCAAAUCCAGUGAUUGGGUUCGAAGACUAUUUUCUCAACCUGACCGUUAUUAACAAUAAGCGUAACCCUUGGUUUGUAGAAUUUUGGGAAAAUAACUUCCAAUGUAAAUAUCCCCAUUCACCGUACACCCCGUACAAUAAGGACUAUAAGAAUGUGUGCUCUACAACGGAGAAGCUCGCGAAAGGCGAUCUAGACUUUGAAGAUCAGUUACAGUUUGUAAGCGAUGCGGUGAUGGCAUUCGGUUACGCAUUCAAAAACAUGCAUCAAGAGCUGUGCAGAGGCAAACCGGGUCUUUGCGAUGCGAUGAACCCAACCAAGGGUUCGGAGCUGCUGAAGUACCUACGGAAGGCUGACUUUAUUGGGCUUAGCGGCGAUAGGUUCAACUUUGACGUGAAUGGCGAUGGACCGGCUCGUUACAACAUUAUCCACUUCAAACAGGUAGCACCGGAACGGUACAAAUGGAUAAAGGUUGGCGAAUACUACCAGGGUGAGCUACGCUUGAAUAUGCAAGAUAUUCAAUUCCGCACUAAAGAUUCGAUGCCCCCGGAAUCCGUAUGCAGCCGACCGUGCGAACGAGGUCAGGCGAAAAAGUACGUCGAAGGUGAAGGGUGCUGUUGGCAUUGUUUUAACUGCACACAGUAUCAGAUACGAAGUCCAAACGAUGAAACGCACUGCGUCAACUGUCCGAGGGGAACGCUUCCAGAUGUGUAUCAUGAGGAGUGUCAGCAAAUUCCGGAAUCCUACCUACGACCAGAAUCAUUCUUAGCUAUAGGCGCUAUGACGUUCAGUUCGUUCGGUAUAUUGAUUACGUUUUUCGUGAUCGGUGUAUUUUUGAAACAUAACGAUACACCGAUCGUUAGAGCAUCCGGACGAGAGCUGAGCUAUGUGCUGCUCAGUGGUAUACUACUCUGCUUCGGUGUAACGUACACAUUGGUCAUAAAACCAAACGAUAUUGUGUGCGGAGUGCAAAGAUUUUGGUCCGGUUUUUCGUUCACCGUUGUCUAUGCAGCGUUGCUAACCAAAACGAAUCGUAUUGCGCGCAUCUUCAAUGCGAGCACUAAAUCAGCAAAACGUCCGUCUUUCAUCAGUCCGCACUCUCAGCUGGUCAUUUGCGGAAUACUGGUAUCCUUCCAGAUUUUAAUCAAUGCAGUAUGGAUGAUCGUAUCGCCCGCACACGCGAUGCACUACUAUCCCACGCGGGAAGAUAACCUGCUGGUUUGCAACUCCUAUACCGACGCAUCCUAUAUGAUUGCAUUCUUUUAUCCUAUUUUUCUGAUAGUCAUUUGUACCGUAUACGCCGUGCUGACACGGAAGACACCCGAAGCUUUUAACGAAUCUAAGUAUAUUGGUUUUACAAUGUAUACAACUUGCGUUAUUUGGCUUGCAUUUAUACCACUGUACUUUGGUACGGCCAAUAAUGUUCAACUUAGAAUAUUUACAAUGUCCAUGACGAUUAGCCUGUCGGCCACUGUGACGCUGGUAUGCUUAUUCUCACCAAAGCUUUACAUCAUAUUGAUUCGUCCGGAACGAAACAUACGACAAAGUAUGAUGCCCAUCCGAUAUAGCACAAUAAACAAAACGACCGGUUCGGCGCAAUCGUCCGUCAUGGCGGCAGUCAUAGUGACGGCGGCCACGUGCAACGAAAACGAGAAGGUCAUCAAGAACGCAUCAAACGAAAAUAUACCGGCCGCGUACUGAUACACAAAAAAGGUGAAGCUUAAAAGAGUAGGCAACGCUUCGAAAACCACACAACACAACAGCUAAAAAAACGCAUCAUGAGCUCCUAUGGUGGCCGCUAUUGAAGUUAGUUUUUAACGACCAAUCACUUUGUGUGCGACGGUGGUACAAUUCGAUUUUAAUUUUUCUAGUCAUGUUUGGAACUCAGUUCGCAUUGCGUGUUAAAUGAGAGCAUUUACGAGACAUUAGAAAGAUGAUGGCAGAGAAAUAAUGGGAGAGUAAAAACAAACAAAUAUAUAUAUAG